AGUGUCGUUCUCUGCCCGCCCUCAGAAAUGGAAGCAGCUGUCCAGGUUUCAGCGGAACGCCAUUCUCUUCCUGCUGGCCUUUCUGAUGCUCUGUGGCCUCCUGACCUACGUCAGCACGUCUGACCAGUGGCCAGCCGAGAACAGGUCAGCGGAAGGGCAGAGGAUGAGACCAGCAAACCCACCGGUCCUGCCAGCCCCUCAGAAAGCAGACGCUCACCCAGAAACCUUCCCGGGGCUCUCACCGCAGAAGCCUCCAAGGCAUUUCCGACGGGGACCACCCAACCUGCAGAUCAGAGCCCCCGACAGAGCUUCCAAGGACAGGGGGCAGGAUGAGGCCGAGAGGAGGGCAGACGCGGUGGACGAAAAGGGGCAGAGAACCAUCAGCUGGAGGGGAGCAGUGAUGGAGCCGGAGCAGGGCAGCGAGCUCCCUUCUAGGAAGGCAGAGGGCCCCCCUAGGCCUUCCCCACAGGCCCUCGGGAUUCAGAACCCGGCAGCCUCCCCCAAGGAGCGCCAGAAGGCCGUGAUCGACGCCUUCCGCCAUGCGUGGGCCGGGUACCGCAAGUUCGCCUGGGGCCAUGACGAGCUGAGGCCCGUGUCCAGGUCCUUCAGUGAGUGGUUCGGCCUCGGCCUCACGCUGAUCGACGCCCUGGACACCAUGUGGAUCUUGGGUCUGAAGAAAGAGUUUGAAGAAGCCAAGAAGUGGGUGUCCAAGAAGUUAGAGUUUCAGAAGAACGUGGACGUCAACCUGUUUGAGAGCACAAUCCGGAUCCUGGGGGGGCUCCUGAGCGCCUUCCACCUGUCAGGGGACGUCCUCUUCCUGCAGAAGGCUGAGGAUUUUGGAAAUCGGCUAAUGCCUGCGUUCCAGACACCGUCCAAGAUCCCGUACUCCGAUGUAAACAUUGGCACUGGCGCUGCCCACCCUCCCCGGUGGACCUCUGACAGCACGGUGGCUGAGGUGACAAGCAUUCAGCUGGAGUUCCGAGAGCUCUCUCGUCUCACGGGAGUUAAGAAGUUUCAGGUAUGGAGGGAGCCAAGGCGGCCAGGCACCUGUGGGCCUCGUCACGCACAUUUUCACUCUGACGUGAAACGCAGGCUUCCCCGGACAGCCGUGCAGCAGCUGUCCCACAGUGUGCAGAGGGCAGAUAGAGCCUCCUUCGGGAGCUGGACUCGCCUCAGGCUCAAGCCCGGGGGUGAUGCGCCCCGGAAUCGGGGGUGGGGGCCGCAUUCCCCAGAGAGCUGGGUGGGCUCGUCGGGUCCCAGGGGCCGUGCACCCAUCUGGUGCGCGCACACACGACCUGCUGGUCCCCACAGGCUGCUGGAGGACUACCUCGAAGCUGUGGAGGGAAUCAAGAGGCACCUGCUGCGCAGGUCCGAGCCAACGAAGCUCACCUUCGUGGGGGAGCUCACCCACGGCCGCUUCAGCGCCAAGAUGGACCACCUGGUGUGCUUCCUGCCAGGGACACUGGCUCUGGGCGCCCACCAUGGCCUGCCCGCUGACCACAUGGAGCUGGCCCGGGCGCUCAUGGACACCUGCUACCAGAUGAACCGUCAGAUGGAGACUGGGCUGAGCCCCGAGAUCGUGCACUUCAACCUGUCCCCGCAGCCGGCCCAGAAGGACGUGCUGGUGAAGGCGGCCGACAGACACAACCUGCUGCGGCCCGAGACGGUGGAGAGCCUGUUCUACCUGUACCGCUUCACGGGUGACCGCAAGUACCAGGACUGGGGCUGGGACAUCCUGCAGAGCUUCAACACCUACACCAGGGUCCCCUCGGGCGGCUACUCCUCCAUCAGCAACGUGCAGGACCCCAGCAAUCCCCAGCCCAGGGACAAGAUGGAGAGCUUCUUUCUGGGGGAGACGCUCAAGUACCUGUACCUGCUCUUCUCUGACGACCCAAACCUGCUCAGCCUGGACACCUACGUGUUCAACACUGAGGCUCACCCCCUGCCCAUCUGGGCCCCCGCCUAGGGCGGGACGACUCCCGAGUGGGCGCUGCCCACGGGCCUACACUUCCCGUCAUCAGGACCCUGACCCUGACCUUGGCUGUGCCACGUCCACCCAGCUGGCUGGACGUGCUCCAGGCCGGAUUGAUGGCAGCGGCCCCGUGGGCGACAGGGCCGGCACGUGUUGGGGCCCCGUAGGUGCUCGGGGCGGCCGCUGGGCCCGGCUCCUCGCCUGGUUCUCGUCAGGACACCGUCAGGAACAGACAGGAGCAAAUGAGCGCUGUGAUUCGGGGAGGCCCUGCCCACCCGGGAGCCUUCUUCCUUCUCCUGAGAAAAUCGAAUUCUGACUGCAUUCCUGAGGCCCGACUGUCCUCCUGCUGGCCGUGCAAGGGCUUCGUGGGUGUCCUGGGGCCUCUGUCACCCGGGGCUACUCUGGCUCCCUGGAGCCCAGGGUGUGAUCAGAGGCCGGAGCUGAGGGGACAGCCGGGUGCAGCUCAGCCUGGGGUCUCAGAGCCUGUGGACACGCCCUGACCUGAGGGUCUGGGGGCAUCUGUGACCUGGGGAUAUGGGCUCCUGGCUGGCUGUGGUGUUUACACGUUGGACUCAGGGAUCCUCCCACUGCCCUGCUCGGGCUGGGAGGGGCUGGGCGGGCAAGUCACCUGCUCCCAGGCCAGCCCGACAGAUGGACUUUCAGUCGGGAUAAAAGUACAUUUGCUCUAA